AUGUCUCAACAAGUGACUAAUAAUGUGGAAGAAGUACAUAAUCAGUUGUUCGGCGUCGGCCCAAGAUACGUCAACUUGAGUUACAUCGGCGAAGGAGCUUACGGCAUGGUUGUGUGAGUUUAAAACGUUUUUGUAUAGUAUUGUGUUUAGUGCGGCAUUGGAUACAGUCACCAAAGAACGAGUGGCCAUCAAGAAGAUAUCUCCUUUUGAACAUCAGACCUUCUGCCAGAGAACCUUAAGGGAGAUUAAAAUAUUGACUAGAUUUAAACAUGAAAAUGUAAGUUUCUGUUCCGUAUGUGUAGUUUACAUUAUUAAGAUUUGAUGUUUCUUGGUUUUUGAGUUUUUUAUUUGUUUUUUAAUAACUUGUUUUGUAGAUUAUCAACAUACAAGCUAUUCUUCAAGCUCCAACUAUCAGUGAAAUGAAAGAUAUGUAAGUAGUUUUAUAAAUAUUAGGUUGGCCAGGUUGAAAUUUCAUUUUGACAAUUUUCUGAAGUUUAUAAUAAAAGUCGAAGGCAGCUCAAUUCUUUUACGAUAGCAUUCAUUUUUUGCGUGCACGUUGGAAAGAAAUUAUUGAAAAUGAAGAUCAAUAUAUUUCGUCCUGAUUAUUGUUGUUAAUUUUUUUAUAAUUAACUUCAGAAAAUUGUCAAAAUGAAAUUUCAACCCGGCCAACCUAAUAUUUUGUUUUAGAGUUGGACUGAAUUGCCAAAUUGGCGUGAGACCUUUUAAAAAUUGUUUUUUUAAUAUGAAGUUUUUAAAAAUAUUUUCAGUUAUAUUGUUCAAUGUUUGAUGGAAACGGACUUGUACAAACUUCUGAAGACCCAGAGGCUGUCGAACGAUCACAUUUGUUACUUUUUGUAUCAGAUAUUAAGAGGAUUGAAAUACAUUCACUCAGCUAACGUGCUUCACAGGGAUCUGAAGCCGAGUAAUUUGUUACUAAACACGACAUGUGAUCUCAAGGUAAGAGUUUAUAUCUUGAGAGAUUUUCAUGUUUAGACUGCUUUAUUUUGUCUUAUUCUAAAACUUUUUAUCAAAUCUUAAGCUAUAUUAUGGUAUAUAAGUUUUUCUAUUAUUUUUGAAUUUGAAAUCCUUUUAUCUUAAGGUUAAAUUGUUACUUCCUUUUGACAUCCAUUUUUCAAUUUUAGAUUUGCGAUUUUGGAUUGGCUCGAGUAACAGACCCAGGACAUGAUCACACUGGAUUCUUGACCGAGUACGUAGCCACACGAUGGUACAGAGCUCCAGAAAUCAUGCUUAACUCGAAAGGAUACACCAAGUCGAUAGACGUCUGGUCAGUCGGGUGUAUUCUGGCUGAGAUGUUGAAUAACCGACCGCUCUUCCCUGGAAAACACUACUUGGAUCAGCUAAACCUUAUCUUAACAGUAGUGGGAUCACCGUCACAAGAGGACCUCCAAUGCAUAAUCAACGAAAAAGCUCGUUCAUAUCUUUUGUCACUUCCACAGAAACCAAAACAGUCUUGGCAGCGAUUGUAUCCGAAUGUUGAAGCCAGAGCCUUGGAUUUACUGGAUAAGAUGCUGACGUUUAAUCCUCACAAACGAAUUACAAUUGAGGACGCUUUGGCGCACCCUUAUUUGGAGCAAUAUUAUGAUCCUAACGACGAGGUAAGUCAAGUUUUAAAUUGCGUUUGAAACUAUUGGUUUUGUCUGAUUUUGGUAGCGAAACAUUAGCUAAGUGAUUGUUAUUUUACAUUUAUUUUGUUCAUUUAAGCCCGUCUGCGAAGAGCCCUUUACAUUUGAAAUGGAGUUCGAUGAUCUGCCAAAAGAAGAGUUGAAACAGCUCAUUUUCCAAGAAACAGAGCGAUUCCAAGCCCAAGUCAACGGUCAGCCCAUUGAAUCUUGA